AUGCAACAACCAGUUGAAAUGUAUCUGGGCUGUUUGAUUGUUUUACUGGCUGUGGUUUUUGGAGCCGAGAAAGUUAACGCAGGGCCAAGGCCAGAAGAUGUCACGGAGGGAGACGCCAGCGUCAGCGAUGGAGUCGUGUUUUCGAACGCAUCGAAGGUCACCAUCGAAGACAGUAACAUCGAAAUUCUGUUAUCCGAUGUUUUCCGUCCGUACCGUGAACUACGAAUAUUUCACAUGGCAGCCAGGUUGCGCUCGGUUAAGUCGGAUGCAUUUGCAUCAGUGUCAGCGCUCGUCGAACUCAACUUAGACAACAAUUUUCUCUCAACGGUACCGAAGGAAGCCCUUCGAAAGCUUCGCGUUCUCGAAACGCUCUCUAUCCGGAAAAACCUUAUAGAGGCGCUGUCAGAUGGGGACGAAUUUUCCAGUCAUCCAAAUUUACGGAGCCUUUCAUUAAGUAGCAACAACAUUAGCUACAUCCAUCCCAAUACGUUCGCGAAUCUAAGUCAACUGAGGGCGCUUGAUUUGAGGUGGAACUCCCUGUCGGCACUCGAUGAUUCGAUCUUUCAUGAAUUACCCAUGCUGGAAGAGCUCGAUUUAAGCUCCAACUAUAUCAUCCAGUUCACCACGUCCCAUUUCAAACACUCGAAAGCACUCCGACUACUAUCACUUGCCGAGAAUCUGUACGACGCACUACCGAGCAACAUUUUCGCCACGUUGAGCCAGCUACAGUGGCUAGAUUUAUCAGAUAACUUUCUGAAAAACAACCAAUUCCGGGUGCUAGGAAAUACGUCAUUCACGAACGGCACCCAGGUGCAGAGAUUGAUGCUGUUUGAUAGUAAAAUCGAAGUGAUCAAAGCUGAUGCCUUGAAUGGGUUGAUCGGAUUGGAAGCGAUUCACUUGGAUAACAAUCGGAUCGAAGAGCUUCCAUCGAUGCUGUUUCAGACAUGCGAUAAACUGCAACAAGUGACCUGCUCGUAUAACAGGCUGACAGUGCUGCGAACAAACACCUUUUCUGGACUGUCUCGACUCCACUCGGUUGAUCUGUCCAACAACCAGCUGAGCAUUGUUGAAUCAAACGUCUUCAACGGAUCACCUUUGAAGAAUCUCAACCUGCACGGGAAUUUACUUACGAAACUAGACAGCUGGGCAUUAUCACCCACUCAUUUGAGGCAAUUGCACAUCGGUUCAAACAAGAUUUCGUCGCUGGACGAAGAGCUAAGCGCCUUUUAUAAGUUGAGGCAGCUAUUCGCAGCAAACAACGUCAUAAAGUUUGGAGCGGAAUGUCCACUGAGAAACUUUACGCAGCUGACGUAUGUCGACUUGACGAACAACUCGCUCGACUCAGUUGGCAGUGGUUGUUGGGAGCGUCAAAGCGCCCACACGCAUUCAGUUCUUGUCUACAUGGCAUUCAACAAACUUUCUGAUCCGCCACUUUUCUCAGGGCGCUUCGACACGCUCGAUCUUUCUGGCAACAACAUUUCGGACUUCGGUGAUGGGAGUCGGUUCCGAGGAUAUCAGGAGAUGGAGACGCUGCUGCUUGGGAAAACAUCCCUCGGUGAGUUGCGAGCGGAAAAUUUCGCUUUUCUGCCAAAUCUGACAGCCAUAACGGUGAGUUCGGACCGGCUUGAGCAAAUCGACGAAAACACGUUUCAUCUGCUGAAACUAAAACGGCUUGAAAUAACCCAUUCACCACUCAAGAAGCUUCCCGCACUAUUACUCAAGGGUCAGACGAUCCUUUUACAUGUAUCGUUCGCUAACAACGAUCUUCUAGAGCUGCAGGAGAACUUUUUCACUGAUUGCAGCCAACUCACGAUGGUCGAUCUGUCAGGUAACCAGCUCACUACCGUCUACCGGCAAUGGUUUGCCGAACAGGCUUCCCUUUCUUCCGUGAACCUCUCAGGUAAUAAUAUCACGUACAUCCCACCGGAUCUGUUCUCGCCGCAGAGCCACGAACUUAGGGUGCUCUCACUCGCAGGCAAUGAGCUCGAGUCCAUCGCCAACGUCACGUUCCUUGCGAAUGUUGGAAUUACGUUGCUCAACCUCUCCCGUACUGGGCUGGAUAAUAUCGAUAUUCUUAAUCGGCAUAAAUCCAUCACAUUACUCGACGUUUCCGGAAAUCAGUUAGAUCACUUGUUGGUACGUCCAAAAUACGACGUGGUGAUUGCCAACUCUAACCGAAUCACAUCGCUCCAGUGGGAGGAAGGUGAAAAGUUCGAGUUGAAAGUCCUUCAGCUAGCGGACAACGUGCUAGAGAAGCUCGACCCCCGCGUGUUUGAGGCGGUGAAUAUUAGGAAUGUUGACGUAUCGGGAAACCGACUCUCAAAUGUGCCAUUCGAGGCGUUGCACAAGGCUAGAUUAUUGUUGGAACUGAACGUCUCACGGAACAACAUAAGCACGCUUUCGGUGGACCCCAUCAGGCGGUUCAAGCUGGAAAGGUUGGAUCUGUCAGAUAACCCGAUUGAGGCAUUACCCGAGGGCUUCCUGGGUUCAUCUGUAGUUAACGAGCUGAUCACGAACAUCCCGAAGUGA